GCUUUGGAGCGGGUCGACGCCGCCGCCAAUCUCGGUAUAGACUACACGGCUGGAGGUCGUGUCCGCAGCGGCCGUGGCCGCGCUGUUCUGCGCCUCCGUUUCAAGAUGAUGAAGCACCGCAGGCGCAGGCUCCAGGCUAUCAAAAAGGCUGGGGCGGACAUGAGAAAGUCGUACAACACAGGCCUUGACCAGGCCGCCUUGGGGCCCAUCAUUUACUGCAGCCUUCUGGCAUGGGGGAUCUCGGCCAAACCUGGCUUGCUCAAGUACGAUCACGGUGAUUUGAAACAGAAGGUGCACCGAGUCUUGGACAACCCCCCAAAAAGUUGGAGCGCCUGCCGCGGGCCCAUGGGGGCCGCCCUGCUGAGCCUCAAGAGGAUAGGUUGGAAGCUCCUCAACCCGUUCGAGAUAGAGACGAGCCAAGGCCUAGUCCUCCAGCUCACUGCGACCCCGCCAGCCCUCCUCAAGUACCACCUGGGGGACGCCUGGAAGGCGCAGCUCGAGUUUAACGCAGCGGCCAAAAUGGGACCUCCUCAGGGCCGUCUGGAUUGCUCGGCCGCAGAAGCUGUCCUGGACGACCCGAACCUCACCAAGCCCCAGAAGGGGCUGCCUCCUGGCCUACCUUACCCAAUGAUGUCCCUGGACGAG